CAAUCUCUCCUCUCUCUCAAGAAUCUCCAAAUCUCUUUUACAGUUCUCAUAAAUUAGGGUUAGGGUUUCAGUUUAAUUUUCAAAGAAGAAGAUUCCAAGAUGAGUUCUCCAGCAACAAAAUCAACCAAAGGAGGAAGAGGAAAGCCAAAAGCAACAAAAUCAGUAACAAGAUCUUCAAAAGCUGGUCUACAAUUCCCUGUUGGUAGAAUCGCUAGGUUUCUGAAAGCUGGUAAAUAUGCUGAACGUGUUGGUGGUGGUGCUCCUGUUUACCUCGCCGCCGUGCUUGAAUACCUCGCUGCUGAGGUUUUGGAAUUAGCUGGAAAUGCUGCAAGAGAUAACAAGAAGAAUAGGAUUGUACCAAGACACAUCCAACUUGCAGUUAGGAAUGAUGAAGAGUUGAGUAAGCUAUUGGGUGCUGUUACUAUUGCUAAUGGAGGUGUUCUACCUAAUAUUCAUCAGAAUCUGUUGCCAAAGAAGGCUGGGAAAGGGAAGGGUGAAGUCGGUUCUGCUUCUCAAGAAUUUUAGAGUGUUGGGUCUAUGUGUUUUUAUUUUGUCAUUUUAUGAUGUUAUUGAAUCAGUUUCAGAAGAUGUUAGUAGAUUUUAGUUUAGGGUUUAUGAAUCUUGUCAAGUUUAUGUAAUUACAUCCAUCCGUAUCAAUAUAUGCAAGUUUCAGUUCUUCCAA